AUCAUUCGGGUCGGGUCUAUAUGGACCCUCCAAAACUCUCCUCUUCACUUGGAAGAAAAACCCUAGUUAAACCCUAAUAAACCGAACAUCCUUUCAUCUCCCCCUCUCUCAAAUACGAAAAAAAGCACAAGAUCAUUUUUUAUCGCUCUGUAAUGAUGGCUGCUAAUAAUUUACCAAGAGAAGUGGACGCAGAGCAGAUUUUUGGCAUGGCUGAGAAGGAGAUGGAGUACAGGGUUGAAUUUUUUAACAAACUCACCCAUACGUGCUUCAACAAGUGUGUCGAGAAAAAGUACAAGGAGGGUGAGCUAUACAUGGGUGAAAACACCUGCAUUGAUCGUUGUGUCUCGAAAUAUCAGCAGGUGACAAACAUUAUUGGUCAGAUGCUCGCUAAUGGAGGACGACCCAUGUGAAAUUCUUCUACACCUGAUCAUAUAAUUUUUGUUCAAAGAACAACAGUAUAUCACAUUUUGCUGCUAGUCAGACCUCUUGCAUCAUAUGAGAAUCAACAUUCUGUUUCCCAUUUUUAAAAUUCUAUGACAUUAGACGAUCGGGUUAAGGGGGAAGGAGUACUAUGAGAAAUUAUAUUGAAACUUGUGUCAAACUUCCCGCCGAUACCACUAGACGGUUUGGCCUGGUGAAGAAGGGAGUUGUGUAAAACUUUGAUCUUUCUUUUAAAACUUUUGCUGGUGUAUCAUUUCUUGGUUGAUAUAGAAUAACAGAUGGUCUUUGCCUCUUUUUGGAACAAUUUUCAUUAUUACUUUUUCCCUUUAUAUACAAGUAAAUUUGCAAGCUU